CACGCGGGGCCACGUCGUGCCGUCAUCAGGCCGCGCCGUGUGGGCGUGGCUGGCGUGGGUCCCGCCGCCCGAGCGCGCGUUAUGGCCGCGGCCGCCGCCAGCCCCCCGGAGGUGAUCCGCGCGGCGCAGAAGGACGAGUACUACCGCGGCGGGCUGCGGAGCGCGGCGGGCGGCGCGCUGCACUGCCUGGCGGGUGCGAAGAAGUGGCUGGAGUGGAGGAAAGAGAUUGAGCUGCUCUCAGAUGUGGCCUAUUUUGGCCUCACCACACUUGCCGGCUACCAGACCCUCGGGGAGGAGUAUGUCAGCAUUGUCCAGGUGGACCCGUCCCAGAGGCACGUGCCCUCCCCGCUCCGCCGCUGUGUGCUGGUGGCAGUGCACGCCGUCCUGCCCUACCUGCUGGACAAGGCCCUGCUCCCCUUGGAGCAGGAGCUGCAGGCUGACCCCGACGGCAGACGGCCCUCACAGGGGAGCCUGGUGCUUGGCGGGCGUGGCCGUCCUGGGGUGCGGCGCUGGGUGCGGCGCCACACGGCCACCCUGACCGAGCAGCAGAGGAGAGGGCUUCUUCGGGCCGCUUUCGUCUUCAGACAGGGCCUGGCCUGCCUCCAGCGGCUCCACGUCGCCUGGUUUUACAUCCACGGCGCCUUCUACCACCUGGCCAAGAGGCUCGCUGGGAUCAGUUACCUCCGUGUCCGACACCUGCCUGGAGAGGACCUGAGGGUGCGUGCGAGCUACAAACUGCUGGGGCUGGUGUCCCUGGCGCACCUGGCGCUCUCCGUGGGGCUGCAGCUGUACGGCUUCCGGCAGAGGCAGCGCGCCAGGAAGGAGUGGAGGCUGCACCGAGGCCUGUCUCACCGCAGGAGCUCCUUAGAAGAGAGAGCGGUUUCCAGAAACCCGCUGUGCACACUGUGCCUGGAGGAGCGCAGGCACUCGACGGCCACGCCCUGCGGCCACCUCUUCUGCUGGGAGUGCAUCACCGCCUGGUGUGCCACCAAGAUGGAAUGUCCCCUCUGCAGGGAGAAGUUCCUGCCCCAGAAGCUCGUCUACCUGCGGCACUACCGCUGACCUGACGCCCAGAUGCGUCCAUCAGUGGAUGGCGGAAUCCAGGAGUCUUUUGAGUAUCAAGGAGAAAAAUGUUAUCCUUAAGAUUAACUUUACUUGCACAGAAAUUAUAAAUUUUAACAUUUUCUGGUUUUUGUCACGUAAGAGACCCUGCUAGCCACCUUAGAGCCGAGCCUGUCUGCAAAGGCGGCUGCCCAGGGUAGAGCCGGAGUGCCUUACUCCCCCAUUUGGUACAACAGAGUUGUUCUUUAGGAAUUUCACUUACUGGACAAGGUUUUAGGUUUCCCUCCCUCCCUCCCCCAAACCAUACUCAUCUCAGGAGCAGACCAGAAGAAAACUUUACUCACUUGCAAGAAAAUGAGGCCGACGUCCGGGUGUGCCCAGGCAGCGGACUGAAUGUGCCCCACUGACCUGGGACUGGCGAGGGGACGCGCAUCUGCUCCGGGCAGAGCUGUCCCCAGGGCUUGAUGUCAAGACCACGUGGCGUGGGAAGAAACAAGCCAAGGGUCGGCAUCUGUGAGAAGUUUGGCACGUACCUUUUAAUACACGUCUGCUUCCAGUUCCAGAGAAUGGAAAUCGGCGUCUAGGCCUUAGCACCGCGGAGGGACCUCUGCCUGCCUGGGGCAGGGUCCCCGCAAGUGGGUUUCAUUUUCUCAUCACCUAACCCACAAGUCUCGGAUGCCGAGUGCUCCGAGGGAAGGCUGCCAGGUCAGCCAUGCCCUCUCCUGCAGGCCCAGGUGUGGGCAGGUGGUGGGCGCACACGAGGUCACUGCUGCAUCCAGCCCUCAGCUCAGCCCCAGCCCACUUCCUGCCUCUGAUACGGCCAGAUUUAACUCAUGCCAGAGACAGAACUUUGCUGUAGGCAUCUUUAAAAAACUAAUUCUACAGAAAUGUUGGUAUGUUAACAAGAUUGAACUGAAAAAAAUCUCAUGAAACAUGGUGUGAAAAUGCCCGUCAGGCUCUGGGCACAUCGGCAGGGGUCAGGCCCAGCCAGUGGCACUGGCUUCGGCAAGACCUGUGCAAACUGUUUCCCAGUGUCUGACUUAGAAACAGAGAUGCCUCCGUAAUCCGGGGUUAGCCACGGUCAGCUUGCCAGAGACAGUGGGGCCCCGCGAGAGGCGCUGUAGGCAGGCGGCCAGAUGCCUCCACGUUCGUGGGAGAGCCCAGUGCUUUACUUCACACUACGCUCCAGCCAAGCGUGCAUUUCCUGCCACAUCUUGGGCUUGAGCACUUACUAGUAAAACUGAAAAGUGAAAAAAAAUGUCUAGAGUUGGAGGAUCCCAAGUGCUUCAACAUGGUAACAAAAGUAACGAUUUGUAACAUCACUCGAACAUGAUGGGUCAGGUACACAGAAGGGUUCUCAUGGCCUUGUGGGAGGGCAGCUCGGUUUCAGACACGGGAACACUGGCACAAGAGUAUCCAGACAGAACAUUCAGAGUCUGAAAUCGCAGGUGGGAAACAGCACCCGGAGUGGGGAGCGUCUGAACAGCCCAAAAUCCAGAAGGAAAGACGUUUGCGUUUUGGUGUCUUUGUGCUCGUGACCACAGCUGUGCUGCUCGGCUACUGGCAAAAAUGAUUCACUUUUCAGGAAGGCCAGAAGGAAGCUGGGCUUUCUUGUGUGCAGCGACUAUAGUGCGUUAGAUAAAGACCACACAAGAAAGGGGACACUGUCUUUAAUAAAGGUGGAAUUUAAAAAAUCACUUAGUAAAAUGUUUGAGUAUUUUUUUAUCACAUCAAAAAAGUUGACACGCAGGUGGGUUCUGUUCCCUGUGGAAGGCGAGAAGCUGAGUUCAAACCCACAGAGCUGUUCUGACCAGUUCUGCUGUUUCCUUAAAGGGGCCACCGCAUGACAACAAAUUUAAAUUAAUCAAAAACAAAACAAACUACGUAUCAAAGAAAUGUG